AAAAAAAAAAAAAGCUAUUGAAAUAGUUGGAAUUUGAUCAAAUAAUUGCCAGAUAACUGAGAGCCGAUUGGACGAAGACGACAUAUACCUUGUACGGUUGAAUGACAUUUCAGACCACGUGGUCGUCUCAGAUGAUUGACUUUUGGCUCCUCGUGUUGAUUUUAGCACUUUCACAGUGGUCUGCAUGUGACUUUUGCAUGAUAAUUUGCUUAUCUACAUUUUCGCAUCAUCAAGAAGGACACCGUCAUCAUAAAAUGUGGCCAGAGAUCUUUGUCACGACAAUUUUCGUGUUUGGUGUCGUUCUAUCGUCCACGCAUAAGAGAUCAGUAACUGUAAAUGAGUGGAAAGCGGGCAAAGAGUUUGAAGUUCGACUGUCACGUGGUUUUGCUUCUUACGCUGGUCAAGUGGUCGUUUUCCAUCAAGGGGUCUGGAGCACAGUUUGCGAUGACACCUGGGAUGAGAACGAUGCUUUUGUUGUAUGCCGGGAGUUGGGUUAUCCUAACGUUACCUUGGUAACAAGAGGAUCUUUCUUUGGUCCAGCGGGCACAAUAAAUAUUGAAAAGGUGCGUUGCAAUGGCAACGAGACAAGACUUGGUCAAUGUUCCUACAGGACCUCAAUGUCAGUGUCAAACUGUAAAACUGGAUGGAGGAGAGAAGCAGGAGUAAUAUGCGAACCCGUUAAGAAUACGGAUCCCAGAGAUAUCCCUAGAGUCCGCUUGUCAAAUUCUACCAACUCAGAGGGCUCAGGUCUGGUGGAAGUGUAUAUUCACGGUCAAUGGGGGAGAGUGUGUGAUUACUCUUGGCAUUACGAGGAUGCUUCGGUACUCUGCCGUCAGCUUGGGUAUCCUGGUGCGGAACGGUCCACCUGCUGUGGCAUGUACUUCGGGAAGGGUACAGGACCUCCGCUUAUGGCUCGUGUGAAGUGUAAAGGAACGGAAUCAUCGAUAUUUCAUUGCAGUCACGUGGGGAAGGACGAUGCAAGGUGUUCUAGACGUUCCAGUGCUGGAGUUGUAUGCAAACUGAAUAAACCAAAUGUUCGCCUGGUUGGUUCUCAUCUUGCACAUGCGGGUUUCGCACAAGUUCGUCACUAUGGUCGUUGGGGAUCUUUCUGUGAUUGGGACUGGGGACUAGAACAAGGUCAUGUUAUUUGCCGUGAAUUGGGUUAUCGAAGAGCUCUCUUUACAACCCUUGGAGACGUGUUUGAAAGACAGUCGGGUCCAAUCUGGAUAGAGGAGGCACGGUGCCAUGGAAAUGAAUCCUCCAUUUUCAAAUGCGAUUUAACGUACAUCCGGGAUAUGGACGAAGUGUUUAGCUGUGAUCAUAGUCACGCUGGAGGUGUCAUCUGCGAGUCCGACAAAGAACCAGGAUUAAACGGAACAACGGCAGUCAGAUUACAAGGCGGCAAUUUUACUUACAUGGGAAGGGUGGAGAUUAAGCGGCAUGGCUUCUGGCACUCUGUAUGCAGCAUUGCCUGGGAUAAACGUGACGCUGAUGUUGUUUGUCGUCAGUUGGGAUUCUCAGUGGCUGUGGUGGAACUUGCGCAUGGUCAGUUUGGUUCCAGUCCUGGACCCAUGUGGUUGACUAGUGUGAAUUGCCAUGGAAACGAGACCUCGUUAGACCAAUGUGUGAGCGCUGGAUGGGAGCUUGACAAAGAUUGCGGAGAGAGACAUGGCGCGGGGGUGAUAUGUAAAACGGACAAAGUUACAGGAGACGGUGAAAUAAGACUUCGCGGAUCAAGUGAAGUAAACGAGGGUCGAGUGGAGAUUAAAUUGGGAGGAGUCUGGGGCACGGUAUCAGACUUAGAAUGGGAUCUUCGCGAAGGUCACGUGGUAUGUCGUCAGCUGGGAUACCAUCAGGCUGUGCGCGUGUACUCGCAUUCAAGGUAUGGCUCUGUGGAUAUGAAAAUUUGGCUCAGCAACCUAAACUGUACUGGAGAAGAGAAUAACCUCUUAGACUGCCAUCGAGAGUUGAAUUUCAGGCUCUACACACCAGGCGAUAAUGCAGGGGUACAAUGCACUAAUGACACUAAUUAUAAAAGUGAUGUCGAGGUUCGCUUGUUUGGUGCGGACACGCCCAACCAUGGUCACGUGCAAGUUAAAUUUAACGGCACCUGGGGCACCAUCUGCGCCGUGCAUGAUCUACCAUACCGGUCAGCGGAAGUGAUAUGUCGUCAGCUGGGUUUGGGACAUGCGCUAAAACAUACAUUUAUGAAUGGCGAAUGCAGUGCAGUGAGUGAAGGCGCCGAUACUGUUUGGCUGUCUAGCUUGAACUGUCAAGGAUUUGAAGAUUCUAUUGACCAAUGUCCUCACAGGGGAUGGGGCAAACUUGACCCUGAAUACUGUUUGUAUUGUACACCGCAGCAUUGCAGUGCCUGUUUAAUAUGUCAGCCACUGAACCCUAAUAUAACAGACAUAUCACUGCGCAUGGCCGGUUCCAAUCUUCUCUACGCGGGUCGUGUUGAGGUCCAAUACGCUGGAGUCUGGGGAGUGAUAUGUCCACGCUUUAUGAGUGGCACUGUGUUUAAAGUAAUUUGCCGCCAAAUGGGAUUUGAAGGCAUAAUGGGUGACGUCACAUUGUACGGGAGACGAAGGCAGACACCACUUUAUGGAAAAGGAAAAGGACCAGUCUGGCUUAGCAAAGUACGCUGCCAUGGCAACGAAAGCAAACUGUCGGAAUGCGUGAUUGUCAGCCCAGGAGAAAUUCUUUGGUGCGGACACACAGAGGCACUGGAACUUAUGUGUCGACCUAAAAAGUAUACAGCACCUUAUCAGGUCCGCUUGGCUGGAUCUUCUGUGCCGCAUGCUGGGAUGGUUGAAGUCUUAUACAAUGGCACAUGGGGUACAGUUUGUGCCAAUGUGCGUCAGUGGGAUGUAUCCACACCAAACGCAUUAGUCGUCUGCAGACAGCUUGGAUUUGGACCACCUAUCAGAUCAGCCAGUAGCUGGCUAGCUCCGGUUUUUUCCAACUGUGCAUCACGUGACCAUGCCACUGGGCCUAUCUGGCUGUCAAACGUCCAGUGCCGAGGAAAUGAAAGCUCUUUGGACCAGUGCCCAAGUCUAGGUUGGGGAAAGACGGAGGGGCAUUGUAGUCACAGUUCUGACACUUGCCUGGUGUGUCAUAAUUCACGGUAUCAUAACUCCGAAAUUGCUUUGGAGCUUACUGGUUCCCAAGUUCCUUACGCCGGUCGCGUCAAAGUACGCUACCAAGGGGUGUGGGGUACGUUUUGUGCCGACGAAUGGCAACAUGAAAUUACUGAAGUGAUUUGUCGGCAGCUCGGCUUUGACGGCGUUGAACUGGACAUUACUUUGAACAACCUAGACGAGUAUAGCCCGCCUAAAGUAUAUGACGUGGGUCCAGGCCCAGUUUGGUUUCGCAGCUCUGGAUGCAAAGGCCAUGAAAAACAUUUGUCUGAGUGUGAUCUCACUGAGGACAGAUAUUGCAUAGAAGAUAACGUGGAGCUUAUUUGCAAAAUGGAAAAUGUUUCUGUUAAUGAAUUCGCUGUCAGACUCCAAGGAGGAAGCCAUUCAAACGAGGGCCGUGUGGAGGUUUUCUAUGGUGGCCUUUGGGGCACUAUUACGACCGCCAAGUGGGACCUUAAAGAUGCUAUGGUUCUCUGCCGUCAACUUGGUUUCCCGAAAGCUCAAGUCUCUUCAUAUAAACAAGCAGACCUAUUCAAGCAAGUGUUUUGGUUCAGUAAUUUUGAAUGUGACGGAAGCGAGGCCACGUUAGGGCAGUGUAAGCACACUCGGUUAGGAAAGGCCUUCUACAAUGACCACGAACCAUUGGAAGUCUUUGUGCGCUGCGCGACAGGCAUGGAGAAUAACACUUCCAGGUUCUCCCCUACACCAUCUGCGUCGAGUGCCAAAACUUAUACCUCUCAAGGUCCCUUCUCUACCUUGGCCCCAUCCACCCCAAGCCCUCCGGCUAAUUGUCCUAGAAAUAGGUGCCAAAAUGGCGGCUCUUGUAAGCUGGCGGAGAAGACAUGGAAAUGUAGCUGUUUGGAAAUGUUUUCUGGAGACUACUGCGAAGUUAACGUUGGAAGUAAUGCGGUCUCGAUGAUCUUAAAAAUGACUUUAAAUCAAUGGAAACCUCUAGACUUUAAAAAGACUGUGGCUGACCUUUUAACAAACCACUGCAAGUUGAACUCGUGUCUGGAUAAGGGGCAGAAAAAAAGAACAAAACGCCAAACAACUUCGCCCAGAUUUCAACCAGAUAACGUCAUCAUUCUCCCAGGCUACCCCAAAGAGGUGCAGGGUACAAAUCUCUUGAAUGUGAGGCUAGCCGUUAAGAUGCCUGGGGAUAAUAGCAAUACUGUAAUUUCGCGUGAAGCAUUGAGUCACUUGCUGGUGAAAGUGGCAUCGGGAUUUCAUAAGCGCCUGGGUCAUCACGUCGUAUAUAUCGAUAAGAAAGAAGUUCACUCAGCUUCGAUUACUUCAGUCCAACCGCUGACUGCUCCUGCGGUUGACCGCGAGUCGAGUGGACUUGAGUCUGCGAAGUCACACAGCUCCGCGUUGAUGGCGCUUGGUGUUGCCCUUGGAAUUGUGAGUCUUAUCGCAAUCAUUAUCAUCAUCUUGUACUAUCGGAAGGUGAAACGGGAGGAGGCCUCGUUUGAGCAUGAGGAUCCGAACGUGGACGAGGACGAGAAACCCGGAGAAAAUAUACGAUUGAUGGCUCUUUGAAGCACUACAAGCUCUUCAGGAAAAAAUUACUGGAGUGGAAACCCCCGUCAAAACAAACUAGCUGUUGUAAAACUUUAAGAACCACACGUCAAAGAGGUUACUUGACUACAUGUAAAUCAUCUCGCAAUUAAACUGCUACACGCGUGUAGUCCAUGCGUGCAUUCCACGCGUGAACUAAGGAAAACGCGCCUUUUGUACUGAACAGCACAGUCCGCGUCCAACAAUAAAUAGACCCCAGGCCUCGUUCUAGACACAACUACUAGAAACCAGAGAAACAACAAAAAUGUCGCUUGAUAAGGAUGAGACAAUAAAAGUAUACAUGUAGAUGAGAUAUUA